AUGCCUCGACUAUAUGUGUGCAUCCUGAUCUUAGCGCUGGCUCUGGUUACCAUCUCUGAAGCUUCUUGGAAGCCCCGCUCCCAGCUACAGGAUGCCUCCUCUGGACCAGGGACCAACAGGGCCCUGGAACCACCCCAGCUAGACCAGCUGGGCCCAACCUCUCACCAUCGAAGGCAGCUGGGGCCACAGGGCCCUCAACACAUCGUAGCAGACCUGUUCAAAAAGCAGAGGCCACGGAUGGAGGAGGAAGAAGAAGCGUAUGGAUGGAUGGACUUUGGCCGCCGCAGCGCUGAGGAAGAGGACCAGCACGCUUAGCACCAGUCUCCCAGAGCCCAGCCAGCCCCAGCCAAGCCCACACCUCAGUCCCUGCAAAACAUAU